GCAGCAAUUCAAUUGUUGAGGUUUUAAAAUAGUGGAUCUUUCAAAAUAAAACACGGUUCAGAAACCGAGCUGUGAGCUGCUCCCCCCCAUCUGUCUCCCCUCCCUCCAUCUGUCUGUCUCCCAUCCUCCGUCUGUCUCUCCUCCCUCCUCCGUCACUGCCCCCCCCUCCUCCGGCUCCUCCCGAGUCAUCGUGCCCGAGCAGCCGCUCUCCUCUGCGGGCUUGACGAGCUCCUGCUCCGGUUGGUGAAACCGACGACGACCGUGAAAAUGACCCAAGUGGCUCCGAGCUGCGCCGACAUGACAGCGCUGGCCCCGCCUCCCACGCUGCAGCUCGCCAAUAGGCCAGUUUCACCUUCCCGAUCGCCAUCCAAUCACAGCAGCCCCCCAGACGCCCGGCCGCCGUUAAACAAAGAGAGAGAGAAGACACAAGAGCUGACGGAGGUGCUGCGUGAUAAGGAGCGCCGGGUGCAGCAGCAGCUGGAUCGCAGUGCCGUGGAGCGAGGGAGGAAGAUGGAGGUGCAGAGGAGGAAGGAGCAGCAGCGCAGGGCAGCAGCUGAGGGGAAGAGACGGCAGAAGCAAGAGGCAGAAAAGGAGAGGCUGGAGGCCCUGGUCCGCCGGAGAGCUGGGGGAGCCGAGACAAGAGGAGGAGGAGGAGGAGGAGGAGGAGGCGGAGGAGGAGGAGGAGGAGGGGAUGCUCAGGACCACCUGGAGAACAGGCCUAAACGCUGGACGUGGGGAGGACCGCCGGAUGGAGUAGAGGGUAACCCUAAGACCCCGCCCUGCCAUGCCAUUGGCUCUGCUCAGCCCAAUGAGCUUCCCGCCGCUCCCAGUGCCAGCCAAUCCCGUAACGUCGUUGAUUUCCUGUGUCCACCCACAAUGGAUCCACCGAUGAACAAACAGCUCUCCAGCUCCUCAGCCGCCCUCCACUCACCGGAGAGAGUGUCUUUUGUGUCCCAUCGAACAGCUUCCCCCAACAACCACAGACCGUACAGAAGUUCCUCCAACCGCAGGAGCAUCGCUGGAUUCUCUGAAGAGACGUCCAGAGCCAAAACACCCACGGGUGAGACGCCGAACACACCGGUCCGCAGUUCUUCCUUCAGGGCCAACAGUAAAGGCCCGGCUACACCAAAACGGGUGAGAUCGAACAGGAGCCGCGCUCAGUCGCCCUGCUCUCCUGGACAGUUCCCGCCCUCUCCGCUCAGACAGAGAGCCACCACCCCCGGCACUGACGACAGGGGUCACUCUGAGGUCAAAGGUCACAGCACCCUGGAGAGGAAAUCAACCAAAUCUGAAACCUCAGAGAAGAGGAUCCCCAAAUCCACCAGCAGAGAACUGAACGCAGAGUCUCCAGGUACACCCACGGGCCGGAGUGUUGGUGGGACGACAGACGCUGAGGAGGCGUCCAGGCUGCUGGCAGAGAGACGACGUCUGGCCCGAAUACAGAAGGAGCAGGAGGAGAGACAACGGCUGGAGGACGAGAGGCUGCGGGCGGAGGAGGAGCAGAGGAGGCAGCAGGAGGCCAAGGAGCGACAGGAGAGAGCGUUGCGUCAGGCCGAGGAGGAGAGAGUGAGGAGGGAGGAGGAGAAGAGGAGCAAGGAGGAGGAGGAGAGACGACAGAAGGAGCAGAGAUGGAAGGACAUGCAGGAUCAGCUGGACAGAGAGAGGGAGGAGGCGUUCCUGCGAGCCCAGAAAGAGGCCGAGAGGAAGCGACAGGAGCGAGAGCUGCUGCACAUCCAGGAGGAGCAGGAGCGCCUGCAGAGGAAGAAGAGAAUUGAGGAAAUAAUGAAAAGAACAAGGAAGAGUGAAGUGGAGCCUCCCUCCGGUUCCUCAGGAUGUGACAUGAGAGCCGAGGCUGCAGCCGCUCUGGAGGAAGACGCCCCGACUCCGGCUGAGGCCCCCGUCAUCACGCUGGGGCCCCUGGAGAAUAAGAGCUUUGUGGACGAGUUGUCUGACGGAGUCCAGUCAAUGGACGUCAGUUCUCCAUCUGUCUCCAUCAGCCCCGUGUCCAGGGAGGAGCAGGUGAGCGCUCAGGAGUUCUCGCCCGUCACCGAGGGGACAGAGGGCUGCCCCCUGGAGCACCUGAUGGACCUGGACCCCCAGGGGCGAGCGCAUGGUGCCCAAACGCCCCCCUACCCAAAGCUGCAGGCCGGCAGCGGGGUCGGAGACCUCAACAAGAACCUGCUGAUUCAAGCGUACAGCGCCGCCUCUGAAUCCACCCAGCUCAUCCACAGCAUCGGCCCGAGCAAACUGGACGUCCAGUAGUCGGGGCCUUUUCAGCAGCCGACAGGAGCCAGAAGCAACCAAGAGACCGUCACCUCCGUCUGCAACUACAACAAUCAUCACAUCACAAGCAACAGCAGCUGAUGUCUCAUCUGUAUUAUCAACCGCGCUCAUUACUGCUCAGCUUUCAGCCACAUGUUCGCAGUGACUCUUAGAAACACAACAGAGUUUGACUGAAUCGUGCAAAUGAUGUGAAGUAUAUUUAAGACUGUGCGACCAAAAAGAAGCAGAUGUCCAUUUGAGAAGGGGAAUUUUAGGAAAGUAAAAUGACUAUUAUUUAUCUGAACUUAAACUUUGUUCGUUUCCUAAGAUUUAGAAGCGUAACUUGUAAAGUCUUCACACAUUAACCCUGUUUUCAUUAACAGAUUGAACAUGUUUUUACAUGUAAGGUGUCUCACAAAAGUUCCUGCCGUGGGAUUUUGAUCCGUGGACGAGCUGUUAGUUCCGUCCUGUCCUCUGAGUGUGAACAGGACAUCUGCUCUACACCCGACCCAGUUAAAACCAAUAUUGCCCAGAUGCGUUGCCUCUAACCAUCACUCGAGUAUCAUUUGCUUUAAUCUCCCUGCUUUUGUAAAAACUCUGUAAAUAGAUGUGUGUGGGUGGUGGAGUCCGUCAUCGUAGGAACAGGGAGCGGCUCUGUUCCUCCGGAGCUGUAAAACAGACGCUGUUGUGUAAAUCCUGUGUAGCAUCUUCAGUGAGGACUAGUUAGUGAAGCUGUGGUUGUAGCUGUGUGGGAGUGUCUCCUCCUCUCAGUGUUUCUGAUGGAUCCCGUGUGUUUAUCUCACCUGCUCUUCUGCCGACAGCGACUCCUGCUUCUAUGAAACCCAGUGUGUCCUCUGUAGAGUCGUCCCGAUGCUGGAGAAAACCACCAAGAGCUGAUAUUAUAACCCUGCUGUCGCCCAGUAACAUGUAGAGCCUGUAGCUUCGGUUUCUCUGCUGCUCGUCACUUAACUGAUGGACGUUUUGUGGAGAAGAAGACGAGGAGGGAAAAGGGAAAACAAUGUCUCGUAUUUUUAUUUGCAGAUCAGGAAAAUAUUGACACAGUGUGUUGUGUGUUCGUCCGGCACUGACUGUAACCACGCAAGCUGCGUUUUAUAGUGUGCACUUACCGGUAGUUGUGUGUUUCACUGCUCGCAAGAAGAUUACACCUCCGCCUCCGCUCAUCCCCCAAACUAAAGUAUACCUCACAGAUUCACAAUAGACUGGUGUGUUAAAGCAGCGUUCACGCUCAGCUCGUCACCUCCGAGGCCUUAAACGUCCUCUGUGCUUCACCCUCAGGAUCUGUCUCAUCCAGCAUGUGCACUUUCACUGUUUUAAAGGCCAGAAAAGAUCCAGAAACUAGAGACACAACAAUGUGAUAGGAAGGUUGGAUUCCAGGCAGAGGCCCUCAGGGGCCCCAGAAGUGUGGACGAUCAGGGCUGUAACCGGGAUUUUAGAUAUACUUGGGUAAUAAGUCUACAUCCCCCCCUAAACUCACACCAAGUUUAGAGUAUUUAACCUAAAUCACAUUCUCUUCAUUCAUUUCAGUCUGUUUCAAAAAACAUUCCUUCAGUUCUAAAUGUCAUUGAUUGAGUUUAUUUGGCCUAAAUCUGUUUCAAAAUAUUAGAAUCAGCCUUAAACAUGCAACAUGUUCAGUAUGUGUGUAAAUGUAGAAUGUAAACUCCUUCCCCCAAAAAUACUGAGGAUUUCCUCUGUGUCCUCACCUCCUUUGUUUGAAUUUAUAUAUAUCGUACUCAUUCGUUUCAUAAUCCCGUAUGUGAAUGUGUAAAGAAAGAUGGUGGUGGUGGAAGUAUGAUCAUCUGUUUGGGAGCCAGACCUUUUUCAGGGCGAGGAACCAAAGUUGGAUCCAAGUGCAAAGAGAGUUUCCGUAAAAAGCUUCUUGACGUGGAAAAGGGUCUCAGCUCCUGCACCAUUGAAGAAACAAAAGUGUUUCCUCGUCACUGCUGCAACCUUCAGCUCGUUGUUUUACGUUUUCACGCUCCUGUCCCCCGGCCCCUGUCGGCAUCUCCACGUCCUCCGGAUUCUGCUGAAACUCAUUGUAAGAGGGUCUCCUGGGUCCCCUUGUAUAAGACUUAAAAAAUAAAGGACAUAAUGUUUAUCCUCAUAUAACUUAAACCCUGUGACACUGCAGCUUGGUGGAAUAUAUCAUUGUAGACGUGGUGCAUGGAUAACUGCUGAAAAAGAACAAUAAACUUCAUCAAGCCA